CUAUUCUGUUUUCUCUUACGGGUGUACCUCCCGAACGUCAGAAUGUUAUGAUGCCUGGAGGAAUUCUUGGAGACGUGAACUAUGAAGGAAUCAAACUCAGAAAUGGGGCUACUAUAAUGCUGAUGGGUUCGGCGGAAGAAAUCCCACCAAGUUUACUUUCCACAUCAAAUGCUCCGAUUGAAAAAGCCGAAGUCCAUGAGCGAAAAUUACGGAUGCCAAUCGGAAUCGUCAACCUUGGAAACACCUGUUAUAUGAACGGAACUCUUCAACUUCUGUUUUCGAUCCCAGAAGUUCGAGAUGCUCUGGCGAUUGUGGAUCCCUCGCGACUACCAGCCAGCAUGAAUGAGAACUCCAAAGCCCUCUUUGCAACAACUGCAAGCAAUGCACCCGGGGGGCAGUUGGACCCUACACUGGCAACAACGAGCCUAGGCAUGCCUGUCUAUCAGCAACAGGAUGCAAACGAAUGCUGGACUGAGAUAGUGAGGAUCCUACAAAGAGUCACCAUAGACUCCGGCGCGCUACAGAGCAAACCGGUAAACUUUGUGCUUUUUUAUUUAUGUCUCAGUAAGCACACAUGGGUUGGGAAUUUUAACUUUUGA